AAAAAUAGUACGCGCACUGAAAAGAUAACUUCACGCAUGUUGAAAGGUAAACGCAAAGUGUGAUGUCAUACGCUGCCCUGCUUCGCUGCCCACGAUACACGAGUCAGCACAAAGUGAAUGUAACUGUGCCGUGCUUUUUGCCAUGUCUCUUCUGUUUUCUUAUGCAAUUAUAUAGAGCCCAGUGAAUAAAAUGUAUUCUGUUUAAAUCACGAGAAUGAGUGAAAAAUUAAUGAAUGGAAGUGUCACCGGCGAGUGUGUCCCCGAGGAAAAAAAUGUAGUUAAACUACAACGAAAAAUCACACUCACAAAUGGGGUUUCGAUAAUAGUUGGAACAAUAAUAGGUAGUGGAAUAUUUGUGUCUCCCACAGGUGUUUAUCUCGGUACAAAAUCCGUUGGUCUUUCUAUUAUUAUUUGGUGUGUUUCUGGGUUGUUUUCCACAUUGGGAGCGUUAUGUUAUGCUGACAUUUGGUAUGAAGAUGUUUGGAAAUUUACAUUGGUUAGUGCCGAUAUUCGUGGCCUUAUCUACUUUUGGUGGAGUUAAUGGUAUUUUAUUUACAUCCUCAAGAUUGUUCCUCACAGGAGCGCAAGAGGGACACUUGCCUAACCUCUUCUCCUUCAUACAUAUUACAAGAAGCACUCCUAUACCAAGUUUAAUUUUCACAUGCGUUACUUCACUAGCCAUGCUGUUUAUAAGUGACGUCUACGUGUUGAUCAAUUACUAUGGACAAAUACUGUGGCUGUCAACUGGUGCUAGUAUAGCUGGAAUGUUAUGGAUCCGUCACAAGGAACCAAAAAUGGUUAGACCAAUAAAGAUUCAUACUUCAAUACCAGUCCUGUUCCUUAUCUGUUGCGCCUUUAUUAUCGUGUUUCCCAUACCUAAACAACCAUGGAACACUGUUGUGGGACUUGCCGUGAUUCUUUCUGGAGUGCCUGUGUACUUCAUGUGUGUUAAAUGGAAGGACAAACCACAAAAAUAUUAUAAAUACCUGAGGAAUAUCACCGAAACCGUUCAAUAUUUGAUGGCGGUCACUUAUCCUGAAACGACACAAAUACUUUUUCACGAUUAAAGAAAUGUGUAUUUGAAUUCUGGGACAUAUCGCAACUUGUAAAUAGUGUUACUGACGAAAAUUGUGAAAUAAAGAGUAUUUAUUCAUUAA